UGCAUAUGCAGCAUGAAGAGUUGGAGUGGUUGUAUAAAUAGGUAGGCAGUGGUGGACUGCGAGGCGCUGCAAGACAGACAGAUACAUCGAUCGAUCGAUCAGAGCUUUUUCUAUCAUCAUUAGCUAGCAAGAUGAAGCAGUACUACAAAGCAGCGCUGCUUCGCUACUGGGUAGUAGUCCCGUUCCUCCUGUGGCUGGUAGCCACGGAGGAGCAACUCGCCGCCGGCGCCGUGGCCGGGGCAGCUGCCGAGUCGUCGUCGACUUGGGGCGGCCAGGGCCAGCUGCAGCUGCCUCUCUGGGUGCGACCCGGAGACCGGCGCCUCCUGGGGAUGUCUGUGGCCGGCAUGGCGGUGGAUGCCGUCGUGGCGGCCGACGGCACCGGCCAGUACACUACCAUCAAGCAAGCCGUGAAGGCAGCAGAGGCGGACACGAGCGGGCGCCGGUACACAAUCCAUGUGAAAGCUGGCAAGUACGUCGAAGACGUUGAGAUAUGGAGGCCUAAUAUUACCAUGAUAGGCGACGGGAUCGGGCGUACCAUAAUCAGCGGCAUGAAGAGCAAAAACAAGAAUCGGGGGACGGCCUGUACGGGCACACUGAACGUGCAAAAGGACGGGUUCAUCGCGCGAGAGCUUACGGUGGAGAACACCGCGGGGCCGCAGGCAAUGCAGGCGGCGGCGGUGGUGGUGAAGUCGGAUCGCGCCGUCUUCUUCAGGUGCGAGAUAACGGGUUACCAGGACACGCUGCUGGCAGAUGUUUACAGGCAGUUCUACAGGGAAUGUGUUAUCUCCGGGACAAUUGAUUUCGUGUGGGGCGAGGCGACGGCCGUCUUCCAGAUGUGCCACCUCCUGGUGCGUCGCCCGUUGGAGGGCUCCCACAACACCAUCACCGCGCAAGGGCGCAACCACUCCGAGCCCGUCGUCGCACGCUCGGGUUUCGUAUUUCAGGAGUGCAACGUGUCGACCAAGGAGGACCUGAGGGGCGUGGACACCUACCUGGGCCGCCCCUGGCACCCGGACUCCCGCGUCAUCUUCAUGUCGUCCUACUUGGACGGCAACGUGGUCAAUCCCAAGGGAUGGGUGGCGUGGCGCAUCAACAACGCCACCGACGAGCGCUCCACCGCCAGCACCGUCUACUACGCGGAGUACAACAACACUGGGGCUGGGGCCAACGUCACCCAGCGUGUUAACUGGCAUGGUUUCCACCUUCUUGCACCACACGAGGUACGCAAUUUCACCGUUGACAGCUUCAUCGACGGUGGCAGUUGGCUGCCAGAGACCAACGUCCCGUACCAUCUCGAUCUCGAUCUCGGUCUGUAAUAAUACCUGCUACUCUCUUUAUUUACUGUUUGCCUGCCUAUAUUUGCUUGGUAUUGGUAUUGUAUCAUCGAUCUCGAUGUGCUAGCUCCUGUGUGUGUAGUAUGCCAUGGUUUGUACGUAACUGGUACUGUAUGAUGCAUGCGUGCUCCUGUGUGUGUGUGUAUAUGCGAUAUGAUGGUUUGUAACUGGUACUGUAUGAUCUCGAUGUGCUCCGAUGUGGCUGUGUGUAUUGCGAUGGUUAAUGGUUUGUAACUUAAUUUUCUUUCUUUAUGCACUGUCUGAACGAGGAAUAAGCACUGUAUAUAUGUUUGUAUU